AUGUUCCUCACCUGGACCAGGCUGCUGGCUCUGAUGUACCUGGCAGGGCAUGGGGAGGCCCAGAGCUGCAGGCCUGAGCUGCAAGGCAUUGUCCGCAACUUGGCCAGCGGCCGCCCAGCCUGCCAGUCCUCCAUCAUCUCACAUCCACUUAUUCCAUCAGCAAGCAAAGCCGUAGAUGGGAAUUGUGACGGGGACUUCACUCACGCCUCCUGCACCCUCACCAAGUUUGAGAAAGAGCCAUGGUGGCAUGUAGACUUGGGUGAUCAGUAUGCCAUCACCGCCGUGAUGCUCAAAGGCUGUCUGCAAUGCUGGUGCGAGAGCCUCCAGGGAGCAGAGAUCCAUGUGGGAAAUUCCAUUGCUGACCAUGGCAAGUCGAACCCCCUCUGUGGAAACGUUACAGACCCCAUACGUGGUUCCAUCAGUACCAUCUUCUGCCAACAGCUCAAGGGCCGAUACGUGAGUGUCAACCUCCCCGGACGGAAAGCGGCCCUGACCCUGUGUGAGCUGGAGGUCUAUGGGACAAAGCCGGAGAGCAGGCUGAGUGGCCCCUUCUGGGGCUGCGAGUCCUGUUUGCAUAUCGACGAAUAUGAAGAUGUGGAAAUUCCCUCGGUGACCAACAUUAUGAAGUGGCUGCACCCCACAGUUGUCGUUUGUCGGGGUGAGGCACCUUUGGAGAAUAAGAGUUCUCCAGGCCAACCCAAUAGCGCUGCUAAGGAGGAACCAGACCCCCGUGGCUCCAGCCUCGUCUCCCCCUCACUGCCUUCUCUGCUCCCUCCUUGCAGGAUGCCCCUCAUCUGGACUUGGCUGCUGCCCCUGCUGCUUCUGGCAGGGCGUGGGGAGGCCCAGAGCUCCGAGCCUGACCUGGAAAGUACCACUCUCAACUUGGCCAGAGGCCGCCCAGCCUGUCAGUCCUCCACUUACUCACCUCUAUCAGUAGCUGGCAAAGCUGUCGAUGGGAAUUCCGACGGGGUGUACCCUCAUGGCUCCUGCACCCACACAUACACUGAAUAUGGACCAUGGUGGCAUGUGGAGUUGGGCGAUCGGUAUGCUAUCUCCUCUGUGGUGGUGAAAAACCGUGCAGACUGCUGCAGCGAGAGACUCCUGGGAGCCCAGAUCCGUGUGGGAGACCACGUGAUUGAAAAUGGCAAGUUCAACCCCCUCUGUGGGAUCAUCACAGAUUAUGGUCGUGGCUCCAUCAGUACCUUCCAUUGCCAAGGGAUGAAGGGUCGCUAUGUGAGCGUGAACCACUCUGGGCGAGCUAUCCUGACGUUGUGUGAGGUGGAAGUCUAUGGGACAAAGUUGGAAGAUGAGCCGAUGCUCCUCACCUGGACUUGGCUGCUGGCCCUGGUGCUCCUGUCAGGCCAUGCAGAGGCCCAGAGCUGCAAGCCUGAACUGCAAAGUAUUGCUCACAACCUGGCCAGAGGGCGCCCAACCUGUCAGUCCUCCAUCUUUCCACACGAGAUCAUUGCAGCAGCAAGCAAAGCUGUGGAUGGGAACUGCGGUGGGGACUGGUAUAAAACUGGCACCUGCACCCACACUCUGCUAGACACGGAGCCCUGGUGGUACGUGGACUUGGGUGAGCAGUUUGCCAUCUCUGCUGUGGUGGUGAAGAACCGCGGGGACUGCUGUGGCGAGAGACUCCAGGGAGCCCAGAUCCGUGUGGGAGACUCUGUGGCUGACCAUGGCAAGUCCAACCCCCUCUGUGGGACCAUCACAGACACCAGCCUUGGAUCCAUCAACACCUUGUAUUGCAACUGGCUCAAGGGCCGCUAUGUGAGCGUCAACAUCCCAGGAAGGGCCGAAUACUUGACCCUGUGCGAAGUGGAGGUCUAUGGCACCAAGGUAGAAGACCAGUGCUAGGGGUCGGCAGUCUCUGCGUGUGU